AGAGGUACGAGGUGUGGCCAGUACCGCCCAUGGGAUGAAAAAAGGAAGGCAGUUGGCACUUGCCCAAACCAGAAAGACAAAGAAAAGCACCAGGACACAAACAUGUACUUGAGUCUCACAACCUGAGGACUAUACCAGCGGCCGAUGCAGAUCUGGGAUUGGAGUCAGCCCUGAUUUUGGCUGGAUGGAUAGGAAAAAGAAUUUAAGGGGGGCGUUUCUAGUAGUCUUUAUUACCACUGUUAUCUCGAUCAUCAUCUUCUUGACCAAUGUGAGAACACCCAGGAUAUUUAAUUUAAUCCCACAGCCACACGGGCCUGUGAAACUGGACUUACCUGAAGUGUCUGACCAGACCAUUACCCCACUCAUCAAUACAAAGCACUUACUGGUGUCAGCCUUCAUGGACCAGAGGGUCACCGGCUUUGACAUACGCAUCAUUGGCAUAUUUAGGAGAGACUCCAUCCAAUCACUUUACUGCAUUUUCCUCUGUCAUAGUUCUCCUUUCUUCAUAUCAAACACAACUCCAACAAACAUACAACAGGCAGACCACUAUGAUUUUCCCUUCACCGCUACAUUUGUCAUGUGUCAAAUUCCUCAGAACUGCGAUGCUACACAUGUCGCUCUUCUGACACAACCGGAUAAUGUGAAGGACUUAAAUCAGACUUGGCUUCCAAUAAGAAACAAAGUGGCGACAAAGAAGGAGGAUGACUUUGAGUUUGACUUCACAGUCUGUGUCUCCAACCUGUUCGGUGGAUACAACAAUGUGCUUCAGUUUGCACAGACGCUGGAGAUGUACAGGCUGCUUGGUGUGGGCAGAGUGGUGAUCUACAACACCAGCUGUGGUCCAGAGCUCAACCGCCUGCUGCACAGCUACAGCCAGGAGGGCUUUGUGGAGAUGGUCCCAUGGCCGAUCGACAAGCACCUGAAACCGGCAUGGGGCUGGAAUAUCUUAGAGCACCCAGGGGACGUGCACUACUUUGGCCAGGUGACCACGCUCAAUGAGUGCAUGUACAGGUCUAUGCGUCGCUCACGCUACGUCCUGCUGAACGACAUCGAUGAGAUCAUCAUGCCGUACCAGCACGACAACCUGACGACCCUGAUGGACACGCUCCAACCGCAGCAUCCCAAUACAGGAGUUUUCUUUAUUGAGAACCACAUCUUCCCCAAGAAACACUUUGAGCCAAGUCAGCGGUUUCACCUGCCUCAGUGGAGCGGCGUGCCGGGAAUUAACAUCCUGGAGCACGUCUACAGGGAGGAACCAGACAGGACCGCAUACCAACCUUACAAGCUGAUAGUUCAGCCAAGGAUGGUGGAGGAGACGUCCAUUCACGAGAUGCGGAAGAAUUUUGGAGAACGGUUCAAGGUUCCACCGGAGGUUUGUCGGAUCAUUCACGUCCGCGUGCCUCUGCAGGGCUCAUUGACGCUGGAGCAGCUGAAGGUGGACAAACGACUUUGGGAUUUCCAUGAAAGAAUGAUUCCCAAUGUGGACAACGUGCUGAGGAAAGUGGGACUGCUGAGCUCAGACCAGCAGAAGUGAUGACUGAGUGGAUCCAAAUGCUUUUUAUAUUGUUAUCAAGGGAAGUGGUGGUACUGUUACUGUUAUAAAUGAUGAUACCUGCUGGUGGACUGAUUUCUUUGCACAUAAUGAUUUGCACAUAACGUAAUAGCUCUUUAUAGUGUUUUGAUUUUUUAUUGAGGUACUGUAAAUUAAUGAAUCAGAGGGAGAGAUUUUUAUUUAUCUUUAUGGGUUUUACCUUAUCAUGACGUGACAUAUUUUGCUUUUUGAACUUCUUCUGUGGGUUCCUGUGCAUCGCUCUCUCUCGCUAUUAAAUGUUCAACAGACUCUA